AUGUAUUUCUGGGAACAAUGUUGGCUUGAUAAAUGGUCAAAACACUUGAAACAUCAAGCUCAUAACUAUAACCAGAACAAUAACAGGAACAGUAACUAUAACCAGAACAAUAACAGGAACAGUAACUAUAAUCAAAACAGGAACAAUAACAGGAACAGUAACUAUAACCAGAACAAUAACAGGAACAGUAACUAUAACCAGCACAAUAACUGGAACAGUAACUAAAACUGGAACAAUAACUAUAAUCAAAACAAUAACAGGAACAGUAACUAUAACCAGCACAAUAACAGGAACAAUAACUAUAACUGGAACAAUAACAGGAACAGUAAUUAUAACCAGCACAAUAACAGGAACAGUAACUAUAACCGGAACAAUAACAGGAACAGUAUAUAUAACCGGAACAAUAACAGGAACAGUAACUAUAACUAGAAACAUAACAGGAACAGUAACUAUAACCAGAACAGUAACUAUAACUGUGUCAAUAACAGUAACUUUAACCAGAACAAUAACAGGAACAGUAAAUAUAACCAGAAACAGAACAGUAACUAUAACCGAAACAAUAACAGGAACAGUAACUAUAAUCAGAACAAUAACAGGAACUUAAGUAACUAUAAAUGGAACAAUAACAGGAACAGUAACUAUCAAUGGAACAGUAACUAUAAGUGGAACAAUAACAGGAAAAGUAAGUAUAACCUGAACAAUAACAGUAACUAUAACCAGAACAGUAACUUUAACUGGAACAAUAACAGGAACAGUAACUAUAAUUGGAACAAUAACAGGAACAUUUACUAUAACCAGAACAAUAACAGGAACAGUAACAAUAACUUGAACAAUAACAGAACAGGAACA